UGACUGCUACUGAGCUAAGUUAGCCAGUUUCCUUCAUUUUGGUAUUUGGUAUUUAAUGAUUAAAAAAUGAGCCUAGAAUCUCUUUUCGAGCAAAUUUUAUUGACAGAGCAGCAGGUGUCGGAAAAUAUCAAGCAGCUUCAUGAAGUUAAAGCUGCCAUCAAGAGUGUACAGGACAAAAUAAACUCCUCGUGUGAAAAACUGGAGAAAGCACAUCACGAACUGGACGAUAAGGCUCAGCUCCUGUCUGAAAACAAACUGGAGCUUGUUUUGAUGACAAAGCGACGAGAUCAACUGGAAAGGAAGAGAGAGGAAGUCCUGGAACUGCAGAGAGACCUCAAAGAAACCCUGGACAGACUGAAAAGAGAAUUUUGUAAAGAAAGAGAGAAAUUCCUGAAGGAGAUGAUAACUUUCAACAAUAAAUUCAACCUAAUCAGCAACAGAAAUGCUGUUUUUCACACCCAAACCCGCUCUAAGAUCCAGAGUCUGGAGUUGGAAUCUAAAACUCUACACAGAGAGAUGGACUUGCUGAAGCAAAAGAACACUUUGCUGAGUUCCAUGGAGGCAGAGAAGAGAUCACUAGAAGCUGAGCUCCAGGAUAUAAAAUCACAGCUUACAGAUAUAGAGAGAGAUCUGAAGGAAGCAGUGGCUUUGACAGAGAUUUUGAAGACAGAGAGGCUCACAGUCCGUCAGAAACCUUUGACGGACAGCACCUGUAUCAGACUCAAGAAAGAGCUGGAGUUAUAUAAAGAAGAAGAGCUUGAGCUUCUGCGAGAGACCCUCAGCUCUGAGAUUCAAUCCCUGCGACUGAAGUUAUCACAGAAGGGCAUUUUGUGUUGAGGCUGAGGGCUUCAGUCAGACUUCAACGUAUGCUUGAAAAACCCGGUUUUGUAGGCUUAUAUCUGUCAUUUUGAUUGUCGUUUUUAUAGUGACCGUUUUGUUUUGCCUGGGAAUGAUUUAAUUUUGUUGGACACAGACUUCAUAUACAGUGUAACCAACAUUGUAACAACUUUAUGAUGUGAUCUGUAGUUUUGAUCUUGCUUAUUUGUACUGUUAGAAAAGCUUAAAUAAAUCUAAUGUUUUGAA